ACCACCUCUAUAUCUGUGUCAUAAUCUCACAAACUUCUUCUUCAUCAAAUCAAACCAAUCUCUCUCUCUUCUCACAAAAUAUAGAUUAUAGAUUCUAUAAAAGAUUGCAGUUUCCAACGAAACCAACUAAACUAAGGUAACUUGAUAAACGCCAUCGAUCUUUCACGUUCAUAUAAAACAUCCAAAAAACUCACUAAUAUGGACUCAUCCUCUUCUUCACCCCCCACAAAUACUAACAACACCUCCCUCGCUUUCUCUCUUUCCAAUACUAUUAUUCCUUCACACUCUUCUUCUUCUUCCUCUUUUUUCCACUCCUUCACCACUUUUCCAUCCUCAACACCACAACCUCUCACUCUCACAGGAAGCAACGCAGUGAACACAUCACCGGAUGCAACAGACGGUGGAACUACCAACCUCUCCAUAUUCACCGGCGGACAUAAGUUUGAGGAUUUCUUAGGAAGCACCGUCACAACAACAACCGCCACCACGUGUGCACCAACACAGCUUCAUCAGUUUUCCACCGACUUAUAUGAUUCGGAGCUGAAGAAAACAAUAUCAGCUUGUCUCCAAGGUGGUUACCCCGCCGAACCAAACUCCGAACCUCGGAAACUGUCUCCCAAGAAAACCGUUGAUAACUUCGGCCAACGUACUUCUAUCUAUCGCGGCGUCACCCGGCAUAGAUGGACCGGGAGAUAUGAAGCACAUCUAUGGGACAAUAGUUGCAGAAGGGAAGGACAAAGUAGAAAAGGAAGACAAGUUUAUUUGGGUGGCUAUGACAAGGAAGAGAAAGCAGCUAGAGCUUAUGAUCUUGCUGCUCUCAAGUACUGGGGUCCAACCACCACCACCAACUUUCCAAUUUCCAACUAUGAGAAGGAACUUGAUGACAUGAAGAACAUGACUAGACAAGAGUUUGUUGCUUCACUCCGAAGGAAGAGCAGUGGUUUUUCAAGAGGAGCAUCAAUUUACAGAGGAGUAACAAGACACCAUCAGCAUGGUAGAUGGCAGGCUAGAAUAGGCAGAGUUGCCGGAAACAAAGACCUUUACCUUGGCACUUUCAGCACACAAGAAGAAGCUGCAGAAGCAUAUGAUAUAGCAGCAAUCAAAUUCAGAGGACUAAAUGCAGUGACAAACUUUGACAUGAGUCGCUACGACGUAAAAAGCAUUGCAAAUAGUUCUCUUCCCAUAGGUGGUUUAUCUAACAAGAACAACAAAAAUUCAACAGAUUCAUCAGUAUCAGAAAUCAAACGCCUCGAACCAAUUCAAUCCGAUGAAAGAGAUCAUCCAUCUUCAGUUUCAUCCACAACAACCUUAAGCUUCGCGAUUCCUAUCAAACAAGAUCCUUCUUCAGAUUACUGGUCCAACAUUCUCGGAUUCCAUAAUACUAGUAAUAAUAAUAAUUCUAGUGUUGUUACUACCACACCCUUCAACAUGGAUUUUUCUACUCAUGCAUCUGAUAAUCACGACGCAACGUUUUUCGGUGGAUCAGGUAUCUUAAAUGUUCAUCAACAAAAUGGAAAUGGAAAUAAUAGUUCUUCAUCUGCAUCUUCUUCAACAAGUAAUUCAAUUCCAUAUGCUACACCAAUAUUUUCUUUAAAUAGUAAUAGUAACAGUAACAGUAGUUAUGAUCAGAAUGGAAAUAACUGGAUUGGACACACAAUAUUCCAAACACAUGCAAAACAACCAAGUCUAUUUCAAACACCAAUAUUUGGAAUGGAAUGAGCUCAUGCAGCAUUAGGUGAUGAGAAUCUGUGCAUAUAAUAAUAAUAAUAAUGAUGAUGAUGGAUGAUGAAAGUGUUGAAGGAAAGGACAAUGGUGUAGUGAUGGUGUUUGUGUAAGCAUGCAAUGGAGUAGAAAAGAGGAGAAAGACUAGUCUUAGCUAUUGCUGACACUGUACUAACUCAAAGUUCCUUUGUUUGUUUUUAAGUUAUGAAUUUUUAUGUUUUUACUUUUUUGAAUUUUUGCUUUUUGUUCAUGUUUAUAUACUGACAUGAUUUAUGAGUAUAAUGGGAAAUAAAUCCUUUUGUAAUCUAUUUCAUUUUGUUGGUAUCAAAUUGCCAUAUACGUGAAAUUUAAGCCAUUCAAUGCUCUGU